AUGAGCACAAAGUUGGUCACAGUUUGGAUCUCAUCGACCGAUUCCUACUCAGAGCGUAGGCUGUCCCCUCAUCUCCUCAUCUCACAACUAAAGACAAAAUUAGAGCCGAUCACAGGAAUUCCAAUCAACUCUCAAAAAGUAGCUCUUAACCUCGUUCCCGGUCAAUCCCACGCCACUCAUUCUAUUUUCCUGGACGAUGAUAAUCGUACAUUAUUAGAAUACGGAGUUCAAGAGGGUUCAACCAUAGAUGUGAUUGAUACAGAUCCUACAUCUGCUUCUAAAGCAGGUCAGUAUAACGAUGUAAGUGGGGUAGAAAAAUUUGAGAUCAGUCCAGAGGAAUAUGCUAAAAGACGUGAUACUCUUAGAGCUUUUAAAGAACGUAACAAAUUGGGAAGAUUUGCGGACGAAGUUAAAGAGAAUGAAAGUGAAAAAAAAGAUUUUGAAGAGGUCGAAGAAGAUUUCAAGAUACUUUUUCCUUUGGGUUCGAGAUGUGAAGUGUCUGGAUCAAACGGAACAUCUGCAUCAAGAGGUACGAUACGGUUUGUAGGACCUGUUGAGUUUAAUAAAACUCAUGCUUUUUGGGUUGGAAUUGAGUUAGAUGAACCAGAUGGAAAGAAUGAUGGAUCAGUGAUGGGAGUAAGAUAUUUCAGUUGUCAAGCUUCUCAUGGUACAUUUGUUCAACCUGAAAGAGUGACGAUUGGUGAUUUUCCAACUCUGGAUCCUUUUGCUGAUGAAGAACUUUGA